AUGCAUAAGCGACAGAAGCACGUCGACCAGUGCGAGCAAUGUAAGGCGGAAGCGGGGGGUGUUAGCUUGCAAGCUAUCAGCGAUACCUUCCUUCCUUUGAAGCCAGAACCGGCAGUGACGACCACCGAAAAGGUGAGCCUCGAGGACCAUGACUCCCUUCGAGGCUCAAAGUCCCCCGCGACGGACAGAUUCGUUGUCGUCGACCAUCCAACGAGCCCGAUUCUAUACAAGGCGACGUUGGGCCUCUCAGGAAUGACGUGCAGCUCGUGUGUGAGCAGCAUCACGCAUGCGGUACAGCAGCUACCAUGGGUACGAUCUAUUGACGUCAAUCUCCUCACGAGCAGUGGGUCAGCUGUUUUCGAUGGCAAGCACCGAGUUCAAGAGAUCAUAGAAACGAUCGAGGAUACAGGCUUCGAUGCCACCGUGGAGAAGCUCGAGGAACUGGAGCACCCUGCGCUCAGGGUUGCCCCACUGCACAAGCAACACGGAGACCGAUGGCGUGCUACAUACGCAAUCGGGGGAAUGACUUGCAGCUCCUGCGUUGGGAAUGUCACGGACGCCCUGAAACCUCAUACCUGGAUCGAAAAAGUCGAUGUUAACCUGGUUUCUAACAGCGCCACUAUCGUCUUUGUAGGGAAGGAACACCUACCAGAGAUCCAGGAGACGAUCGAAGACAUGGGCUACGAUGCGACACUUGAUAGUAUUGUUCCUGAGGAUGACACUACAGAAGAGAUGCUGGAGAGAUCUAUCGGUAUCCGUAUUGACGGCAUGUUCUGUCACCACUGCCCAGGACGCAUAACUGGAGAGCUCACCAACAAAUUUGGACAGAAAUUCACAUUCGGGCUAGAAGAGCCGCCACUAUCUGAGAAGUCGCCGAUCCUAUUCAUCCGAUAUCUGCCGGAACCUCCAAAUUUCACGAUCCGCCAUAUCUUUCAGACGAUCACGGGACUUGACCCUUCCUUCAAGCCGUCUGUGUAUCACCCUCCUUCAAUUGAAGAACGUGCUCGAGAGAUGCAUGCUCGAGAGAGGAAGCGCAUACUGUUCCGUCUUGUUCUCUCUGUCAUCGUGGCCAUUCCAACCUUUCUUCUUGGCAUCGUUUUCAUGAGCUUGGUUAAAUCAACAAACCCCAUUCGUCAAUACAUCAUGGAGCCUAUGUGGGCAGGAUAUGUCACCCGUGUCAGCUGGGCUCUCUUCAUCCUGGCAACGCCGGUAUACUUCUUCGCUGCAGACACAUUUCAUGUACGAGCACUGAAGGAACUCCGUGCUAUGUGGAGGCUGGGCAGCCGCACUCCGAUUCUUCAGCGCUUCUACAGAUUCGGAAGCAUGAACAUGUUGAUGUCGCUCGGUACGAGUAUUGCAUACUUUGCUUCGAUCAUAGAGCUGGCUUUGGCUGCAACGAAGAAAUCUUCGGGUUCGAUGACUGACUCGUACUUCGACUCGGUGGUAUUCUUAACAAUGUUCCUCCUAAUUGGACGGUUUUUGGAGGCAUAUAGCAAGGCUAAGACGGGUGACGCAGUCACAUCACUUGGGAAGCUUCGCCCCGAGGAGGCCAUUCUUAUCGAAGCUAAGAAAGGAGACCAAAAGAUUGCUACCGACCUGCUCGAGAUCGGCGAUGUCAUGAGAGUCCCACACGGCUCGUCACCACCAUUUGAUGGAAUAAUUAUUGAAGGUUCAGCAGACUUCGAUGAAUCAAGCCUUACUGGGGAGUCUCGGCCCGUAAAAAAGGAGAUUGGAGACACAGCAUUCUCAGGUACGAUCAACAAGGGACAACCUAUCAAAGUCAAAACUACGACUGUGUCUGGAACUUCGAUGCUGGAUCAAAUCAUCAACGUUGUCCGAGAAGGCCAGACUCGUCGAGCACCUGUUGAGAGAGUCGCGGAUAGAAUAACUAGCCACUUUGUUCCCUUUGUCGUCCUUGUUGCCAUUAUCACUUGGACAACCUGGCUUAUUCUUGGAUCCACUGGAGCUAUCCCCAAGGAUUGGCGCGACGAAGGGUCCGGUGGCUGGGCUCUUUGGUCCCUCCGCUUUGCAAUUGCUGUAUUUGUCAUCGCCUGCCCGUGCGGUAUUGGUCUUGCAGCACCAACCGCGCUCUUCGUGGGUGGUGGUCUAGCCGCUAAGCAUGGCAUUCUGGUUAAGGGUGGAGGAGAGGCUUUCCAAGAAGCUAGCUCUAUUGACUGCAUUGUCUUCGACAAGACGGGCACAUUGACUCAAGGCGGCGAUCCUGCAGUUACGGAUUACAAGUUUGCCAACGGCCACGACGCGCCACUUGUACUGGGUAUCAUCAAGUCUUUAGAAGAGAACAGCAACCAUCCCAUUGCUCGUGCUUUAGUCACAUUCUGUAAAAACACUCAAAAGCUUCAAGACCCCUCAGUCAUCACCAUUGAUGAAGUCCCUGGAAAAGGUCUCAAAGGAACCUUCAAGUCUGGGGACGAGGAGAUAACUGCAAUAAUCGGUAACGAAGCUUACAUGUCCGACCACCAGGUCUCGAUCUCAGCCUCCGAAGCCACAGCACUGCAGACGUGGAAAGCCCAAGGAAAAUCAGUUGCCCUCGCCGCUGUGCUCCUCUCAACCCACACUUCCAACUCCAACUCCAAUGCUCCCGAACGGAAGCUCUCCACCAUUUCGGAACUCUCAUUCAGCUCAACAACAGAGACGCCGCCAACUCCCUCCCUACCCUGGUCUCUGGCUGCGCUAUUCUCCAUCGCAGAUCCUUUACGCCCAGAAGCCGUAUCCGUCAUCUCUGCACUCAAGAGCCAGGGUAUCGAUGUCUGGAUGCUAAGUGGCGACAACCUAAUUACUGCGGCAGCUGUGGGCGCACAAGUUGGGAUCCCAUAUUCCAACAUCAUCGCCGGCGUCCUGCCCGACCAAAAAGCCGAGAAGAUCAAAUAUCUCCAGAAGACCCUAUCCAAGACACAACGCGGCCUCUUCCUCAACCCCUUCAAUCGCCCUAGCUCGAGCCUAUAUCAUCCUAAGAACGGCGGUAAAAGUUCUCGAGCCACCAUUGCCAUGGUUGGUGAUGGCAUCAACGACGCCCCCGCCCUUAGUGCCGCAGACCUUUCAAUUGCAAUCGGUUCGGGUUCGGAUAUUGCGCUGUCAUCCUCCUCGUUUAUCCUCAUAAACUCGCGUCUCACAUCCCUACUUACGCUGCUCACACUUUCACGCACCGUCUUCCGUCGCGUCUACUUUAAUUUCGGCUGGGCGCUUGUUUACAACAUCGUUGCUAUGCCAGUCGCCGCUGGGGUUCUGUUCCCGAUCACCACGGGGGGAGCUGAAGUGGGAUCGGGACAGAUGCAGCAUAGUGGGCUGGGAAUGGGAGGCGGGAUGGGAGGCGCAGGCGGGAAACAUGUUCGACUUGACCCUGUCUGGGCGAGUUUGGCAAUGGCUUUGAGUAGUGUGAGUGUGGUGUGUAGUAGUUUGGCUUUGCGGUCGAGGAUUCCGGGGGUGGGUUUUAGGGCCAGGAAAGAGGAUGGUGGGGUGAUGGAGCAGGAGUAGGAGCAGGGGAAAUGAAUGGGAAGAGAAGUUGCGGGGAAGAUGUAUUUUUUGUCGUGUAUACAUCGCCUCUUUUUGCGUCGAAUGAGUUCUUGCGAAUUGCCGUGGAUGGCUGGUUGGUAGGUUGUGUGGGAUAGAUUCGUGG